AUGGGCAUGGGCCAGUCUUGCGCCGGGUGCGCGGGUGGCGACAAGGACAACCAGCUCGUCUUCGGUCUCAGUUCACGUGACGCCCCUGCCAUCGAGCCCAUCGUGGAUCCGCUGAACGUGCUGGGAGAUGACCUGUUUGACGACAAGGUGAUGUCCUUGAAGUUGCCCCCUGCGGUGAUGAAGCGCUUCCAGGAGUGCCUCAUCUCUGGGCAGCCCACCAGCGAGGAGGACAUGAAGGUUAUCGCCAAGAUCAUGUUUGGCUGGGCCCGCGAGCGGGGCUGCAUCGAUUUUGCCCACUGGUUUUUCCCCACGCGCGGCGGCGGAGGCGCAGUGGGGGGCAUGCUGGGAGCCUACAAGCAGGACACCUUGAUCGACUUGGACUUCGGCUCCAAGUUCGUCACCAAGCCCAUGAAGGCGUGCCUGCCACACGAGCGCCUCUUUCAGGGUGAGACAGAUGGGUCCUCCUUCCCCAACGGCGGGCUUCGCGUGACGCACUCCGCGGCCGCCUUCACCACCUGGGACCGCUCCUCCCCGCCCUUCGUCCUGAACAAGACGCUGUACAUUCCCUGCGCGUUUAUCACCCACUUCGGGAAGUGCAUUGACGAGAAGACGCCGCUGCUGCGGUCCAUGGAUGCGGUGAAGAAGGAGGGCCUCCGGCUGCUGAAGGCUGCCGAUUUGGGGAAGAAUGCGCAGACCAUCUACAGCUACCUCGGCUGGGAGCAGGAGUUCUUCGUCAUUAAGGCGGAGCACUACAAGGCCCGGCCUGACCUGGUGAACACCGGCCGCACCCUCUUCGGCAAGCUGCCCACGCGGCAUCAGCAAGGAGACCUGAACUACUUUGCCCCAGUCCCCGGAACUGUGCAGAAGCUGCUGGACAAGGUGCAGACGGCAAUGCUGCAGGUGGGCUGCCCCAUGGCCGUGAAGCACAACGAGGUGGCCCCGGGCCAGCACGAGAUGUCGCCCGUUUUCCGUGUGGCCAAUGUGUCCUGCGACACGAACGUGCUGUUCAUGGAGGUCAUGAACCGCGAGGCAGCCAAGAUGGGGCUCCAGGUGCUCUUCCACGAGAAGCCCUUCGCGGGCAUCAACGGCUCUGGCAAGCACGCGAACUGGUCCAUCGGCACGGAUACCGGCCUCAACUUUUUCUACCCAGGGAAGACGGAGGAAGGCGCGAAGCUUUUCGUCACCGGCAUCGCCUGCCUCGCCCAUGGCCUGGCGAAGUACAACGAGCUGGUGCGUUGCUCCGUGGCCACGGCGGGGAACGACCACCGCUUGGGCGCCCAGGAGGCGCCCCCGGCGAUCAUCUCCCUCUACCCGGGCCAAGGUUUCGAGCAAUACGUGGAAAGCGUCAUCGCAGGAGGAGACCUCCUGGGCUACAAGGCCGAGAAGAAGAAGCAGGAGACCGGCUGCUCGCAGGCAAUGCACAUCGAGGCCAACGUGGAGGACCGGAACCGCACGGCGCCGUUUCCCUUCUGCGGGAACCGCUUCGAGUUCCGGGCUGUCGGCUCCUCCCAGAACUGCAACUUGCCGGUGAUGGUCUGCAACGCCAUCAUGGCCGCCGGCAUGGCGCACAUGGCGGAGCUCAUUGAGAAAGGUUCCAAUCAUCGUGAUGCAGUGGCUGCGAUGUUCAAGGAGAACAAGCACGUGAUUUUCACUGGCAAUGGAUACUCGGAUCAGUGGAAGCAGGACGCCGCCAAGCGGGGCUUGCCAAACCUGAACACCACGCCCAAGGCCUUGGCAACUUGGACGGAGGAGAAGAACCAGGCCCUUUUUGAGAAGAUGGGAAUCUACAGCAGGGAGGAGACGAAUGCCAGGCAGGAGGUGAUGUAUGAGAAUUACAUCACGGCCUUGAAGAUUGAGGCGGACACAAUGAUCAAUAUGGUGGACACCGGCAUUGUGCCCGCUUGCGCGAAGGACCUAAAGAAGUCGAACUUCUCCAGCAAGAAGACGGCGGCAGCCCGAAAGGCGGCCUAUGAGGCCAUCGUGCAGGAGGCCGACAAGCUCAAGGCGGUUGUGAGCAAGACCGAAGGACCUUUGGCGAAGGAGGCAGCGCACCUCUGUGACGCAGUCAAGCCGCAGAUGGAGAAGCUCCGAGCAGCGGUGGACAAAGCGGAGGCGCUCAUGGAGUCGGGGCUGUACCCCUACCCCAGCUACGAGACCAUGCUGCCACCGCUGAAUGGGGGCGGAGCGUGA